AUUUUUAAUGGAAAUGGUGUUAAUAAAUUAAUGAACCAAGUUCAAGCUAGCUUAUCUCUCUUACCACUCGGAUUGACAAAUUUUCAUUAUCGGCUUCGUAGUUAUGAUAGCAAACUGGGUAAUUAUAGAAAUAUACAUCAAAAUGGUAGGAUCUAUGACCAUUUUCCUGGGAAUCCUGAACAAAAUAUUAUUCAU